UAACAAUUUCACUGCAGGCCAUCUAGAGUCGGGAAUAUUUGAUAACCUGUCCAAAUUGCAAGUAUUAAGCUUGACUGGGAAUCACAUUUCUGGUAGCAUUCCCAAUAGUUUGUGCAAAUGCAAAGAGUUGAGGUAUUUAUCAUUGUGGAACAACUCUAUGAAAGGAAGUAUACCUAGAGAAAUCGGAAAUUUGACAAUGCUCCAAUCUUUAUGUCUUGGUUACAACAACCUCAAAGGUUCUAUAUUCCUUAUUCAGUCUUCAACAUUUCCUCGCUGCAAGCUAUUUCACUGGGAUACAACAAUCUCUUUGGUUCUCUCUCCUCCCACAUUUUCGAUUAUCUUCCUCGAUUAUAUUAUCUUAAUUUGGAAUUCUGUCAACUUUCUGGAAGAGUUCCAAUGAGUUUAUUCAAAUGCAGAGAGUUAAACUUUUUGUUUUUGGAUAAUAAUUAUUUGGAGGGAAUUGUGCCAAUAGAGAUCUCAAAUUUAACUUCACUCAAGUAUAUCUCUAUCGAACGAAACUACUUAUCAGGAAAAAUUCCAUCCGUUGUUGGAAACUUGACUUUUCUCGAAGAAUUUGAACUUUCUGAGAACAACUUAACAGGCCAAAUCCCUUCCUCGUUAUGCAAUCUGGGUUCACUUAAGGUUCUCUUUUUAUACAAGAAUAGUUUGGAUGGAGAAAUCCCAGAAUGCACUGGAAACAUGAGUUCUCUUUCACAUAUUGACCUAGAGAAGAAUAAUUUUCAUGGUAAAAUACCAGAAAAUUUUGUUAGAGGUUGCUCGUUACACAGUUUUCGAAUUAGCAGCAACCGAGUACAAGGGUCACUGCCACGAUCUUUGGGUAAUUGCAAAGAGUUGAAGCUUCUCGAUGUUGGAAACAACUAUUUGAAUGACACAUUCCCGAAUUGGUUGGGAAAUUUGGAUCAACUACAAGUUCUUAUCCUAAGAUCGAACAGAUUCUAUGGUGAAGUGGUUAGCACAGGACUUACGGUUUGCUUCACUCGUCUACGUCUCGUUGAUAUUUCUCAUAACAACUUCAGUGGCUAUUUACCCGUGAAAUUUUUUGAAAACUUGCAUGCCAUUAGAGAAGGGAAUGAAAAGAAAGAAAAGCCAGAGUACAUGACAGAUGGAUCAGCAGUUGGAGUGUGGAAUUAUGCCAUCGGUUUAUCUUUUACGUUUAAAGGAUCGGAAUUUGAGUUUUAUGAACUGCUAACCAUAUGGACAGCUAUUGAUUUUUCCAGCAAUCGGUUCUACGGGGAAAUUCCUAAAACACUAGGAGAGCUUCACUCACUUAUUGUCCUGAACCUCUCUCAUAAUUGUUUAACAGGUCCAAUUCCAUCAUCAUUAGGUGAUAUAUCGGAGCUUGAAUCAUUAGAUCUCUCAUCAAACAAACUCCAUGGAAGAAUUCCGAUAGAGUUGAACAAUCUUAGGUUCUUAGCAGUGUUAAACUUAUCUACGAAUAAUCUCACAGGAACCAUUCCUCAAGGCAAACAGUUUGAUACUUUCGCUAAUGAUUCCUAUAUAGGAAACUCGGGUUUAUGCGGGCUGCCUUUAUCAAAAAGCUGUAACAAUGAUGAGGGAACUCCAGCCAAAUUUGAUAGAGAUGAUGAUGGACUGAAUUGGAAAUUUUCGAUAUUGAUGGGGUAUGGAUGUGGGUUGGUACUGGGAUUGAGUACGGAAUAUAUUGUAUUCGCAACUGGAAGACCAUUGUGGUUCAUUAGGUUCUACGAAAGAGUUCGGCAAAGACUUGCAAAAAAGGUAAAAAAGAGAAGUAGUUGACGAAUUUUUGUUGCAAAACAAGCGGUGGACAGAGCAGAAAACUUCAAUGCAUGGUGGUAGGCAGACCCUUUUGUAUAAAUGUUUUUUUGUCUAUGCUGCGUGGGUGCUUUCUUUUGUAUGUAUUGUGUUUUCCUGCACCUCUCCAAUGGCAGCGUUCCCUUGAGUAUUUCUAGCUUGUAAUGACCAUCUUAAUAGGCACUUUCCAGGUUUUUCACU